AGCCUAGAGUGGAUGGUGAGGGCGGGACUAAGCAAGUUGCUACAGUAGGCCAUAAGAGGAGGAAAUCAGGGUGGAGGAAUUGUGUUCAGGUGUGUGAAACUGAAGGCUGAACUUCAAGAAGUCGUUGGUGCUGUCUGUUCCAGCCAGAGAUAAAAAGAAAUUCUCCCUGUUACUCCCCUUUGGUGGGAUAACUGGGGGUGAUAGCAGCCCAGCCUUCCUCCCCAGUGCUCCACCAGAAUAAGAACACCACCCAAGGAGUGCCGACUUUCUCCGCCAUAGCUGUGGACAGCCUGCAUCCAGGAGGGAAGAGAUUUUGACAUCAGUCAUUUAGAAGAAAAGCAACACUACAUCGGGUUCAUAUUCCUAUGCUUGGCUUGCUUUGACAGGAGGAUCAAGACUGACUGGUUCUUAUUUCCAAUGAGAACAAGAUUGUGAAUGACCUGAGGCUGCCGCUAGAAAUGACCCUCUCCAUGGACUCCUUUUGGUACCGGUGGCAGUGGCGAAUCCAAGAUGGCGCCCCCCAGUCUCCAUCAGAAACCACCCCGCUGCUGUCUCCAGACAGGGAGAGGCAGAGCUCUAACCUGGCCCUGCAGCGGGUCGUGUUUCCCAACAAUGGCACGUGCCACCAGGACUGGGAGAAGACCUCCAGGAGCUAUUCGGGCAACAGGAUCUGCACCACCAAAUACACUCUCCUCACCUUCCUGCCGCAGAAUCUCUUCGAGCAGUUUCACAGGUGGGCUAACCUGUAUUUCUUGCUCCUGCUGAUUCUGAACUGGAUACCGUCCAUGGAAGUCUUCCACAGGGAAAUUACCAUGUUACCGUUAGCCAUCGUCCUGUUCUUCAUCAUGGUUAAGGACGGCAUGGAGGAUUUCAAGAGAUACCGUUUUGAUACAGAGAUAAAUGGUUCCAACGUUCAAAUAUAUGAAAGGACAGAGCAGAGCUUCGUGCAGAAGCGCUGGAAGGAUGUGCGCGUGGGCGACUUCCUCCAAAUGCAGUGCAAUGAGGUCAUCCCAGCAGACAUCCUGCUCCUCUUCUCCUCGGACCCCAGUGGGAUCUGCCACCUAGAAACUGCCAACCUGGAUGGAGAGACGAACCUGAAGCAAAGAUAUGUGGUGAAGGGCUUCUCACAGCAGGAGGGACAGUUCCAACCAGAGCAUUUCCACAACACCAUCGUGUGUGAAAAACCCAACAACCACCUCAACAAAUUUAAGGGUUACCUGGAGCAUCCUGACCAGACCAGGACUGGAUUUGGCAGUGAGAGUCUUUUGCUUCGAGGCUGCACCAUCAGAAACACUGAGGUGGCUGUUGGCAUUGUCGUCUACACAGGCCACGAGACAAAAGCCAUGCUGAACAACAGUGGCCCCCGGUACAAACGCAGCAAAAUUGAGCGACGUAUGAACAUGGACAUCUUCUUCUGCAUCGGGAUCCUCUUCCUCAUGUGCCUCAGUGGGGCCAUAGGUCACAGCUUCUGGAAUGGGACCUUUAAAGAACACCCUCCCUUUGAUGUGCCAGAUGCCAAUGGCAACUUCCUUCCCCCAGCCCUUGGGGGCUUCUACAUAUUCCUCACAAUGAUCAUCCUGCUCCAGGUGCUGAUCCCCAUCUCUUUGUAUGUGUCUAUUGAGCUGGUAAAGCUCGGCCAAGUGUUCUUUCUGCACAAUGACCUUGACCUGUAUGAUGAAGAGUCUGAUAUGCCCAUGCAGUGUCGAGCCCUCAACAUCACAGAGGACCUGGGCCAGAUCCAAUACAUCUUCUCGGACAAAACGGGAACCCUGACAGAGAACAAGAUGGUCUUCCGACGUUGCACCAUCGUGGGCAGCGAGUAUUGUCACCAAGAAAAUGCCAAGCGACUGGAGACCCCAAAGGAGUUGGACUCAGACAGUGAAGGGUGGACCCAGUACCAAUGCCUGUCAUUCCCAGCGAGAUGGGCCCAGGGGCCAGCAACAAUGAGAAGUCAAGGAGGUACCCAGCCUCUGAGGAGGUGUCACAGUGCCCGGGUGCCCAUGCAGGGUCACUCCCGACAAAGGUCUGUAGGGCGCUGGGAAACCUCACAGCCUCCUGUGGCCUUCAGCAGCUCCAUAGAAAAAGAUGUGACUCCAGAUAAAAACCUACUGACCAAGGUGCGAGACGCUGCCCUGUGGCUAGAGACCUUGUCAGAUACCAAACCUACCAAGCCUUCCCACUCCACCACCUCGUCCAUUGCUGACUUUUUCCUUGCCCUAGCAAUCUGCAACUCUGUCAUGGUGUCCACAACUACCAAGCCAAGACAGAGGGUCACCGUCCCACCCUCCACCAAGGUCCUGGGGACGUCCCUGGAGAAGAUCCAGCAGCUCUUCCAGAGGCUGAAGCUACUGAGCCUCAGCCAGUCAUUCUCAUCCACUGCACCAUCUGACACAGACCUGGGGGAGAGUUUGGGAGCCAACGGACCCACCACGGACUCGGAUGAGAAGGAAGAUGCAUCUGUGUCCAGUGGUGACUACUCCACGGAUGGUGGUUACAGGAGCAGCACAUGGGACCAGGGCAACAUCCUGGGGUCUGGGUCGGGUGCUUCCUUGGAGGUAUUGGAGGCCCCAGACCUAGGCCUGGUUACACCUGAGCUCUGCUACGAGGCUGAGAGCCCUGACGAGGCAGCCCUGGUGCAUGCUGCCCACGCCUACAGCUUCACGCUGGUGUCCCGGACCCCCGAGCAGGUGACCGUGCGCCUGCCCCAGGGCAGCUGCCUCACCUUUGACCUCCUCUUCACCCUGGGCUUUGACUCUGUCAGAAAGAGAAUGUCCGUGGUGGUGAGGCACCCUCUGACCCAGGAGAUCAUCGUCUACACCAAGGGGGCUGACUCGGUCAUCAUGGACCUGCUGGAAGACCCUGCCUGCGUGACUGACAUUAACAUGGAAAAGAAGAUGAAGAGAAUCCAAGCCCGAACCCAAAAACAUCUGGACUUGUAUGCAAGAGAUGGCCUGCGCACUCUGUGCAUCGCCAAGAAGGUCAUAAGUGAAGAAGACUUUCAGAGAUGGGCCAAUUUCCGGCACCAGGCUGAGGCAUCCCUAGACAACCGCGAUGAGCUUCUAAUGGAGACAGCACAGCAUCUGGAAAACCAACUCACCUUACUCGGGGCCACUGGGAUUGAAGAUCGGCUACAGGAAGGUGUUCCAGACACUAUAGCUGCUCUACAAGAGGCUGGGAUCCAGCUCUGGGUCUUGACUGGAGAUAAGCAGGAGACAGCAGUCAAUAUCGCCUAUUCCUGCAGACUCUUAAGUCAAACAGACACCGUUUACUCUCUUAAUACAGAGAGUCAGGAAACCUGUGAAUCCAUCCUCAACUGCACAUUAGAAGAGGUGAAGCAAUUCUACCAACCACAGAAGCCAACCCAAAAGCUCUUUGGGUUCCAGCUACCUUCCAAAACAACAUCCACCACCUCAGGAGCUGCAGUUCAAGAUGCUGGAUUGGUCAUAGAUGGGAAGACGCUGAACGUCAUUUUCCAAGCCAAGCUAGAGAAGAAGUUCCUGGAGUUGACUCAGUACUGCCGCGCUGUCCUGUGUUGCCGUUGCACCCCACUCCAGAAGAGUAUGAUUGUCAAGCUGGCGCGAGACAAGUUGAGCGUGAUGACCCUUUCCAUAGGUGAUGGAGCAAAUGACGUCAGCAUGAUUCAAGCUGCUGAUAUUGGAAUUGGAAUAUCUGGACAGGAAGGCAUGCAGGCUGUCAUGUCCAGCGACUUUGCCAUCUCCCGCUUCAAACACCUCAAGAAGCUGCUGCUUGUGCAUGGCCACUGGUGUUACUCACGCCUGGCCAGGAUGGUGGUGUACUUCUUCUAUAAGAACGUGUGCUAUGUCAACCUGCUCUUCUGGUAUCAGUUCUUCUGUGGCUUCUCCGGCUCCACCAUGAUAGACAACUGGCAGAUGAUAUUCUUCAAUCUCUUCUUCACUUCUUUGCCUCCUAUCAUCUUCGGAAUCCUCGAUAAAGACAUCUCUGAAGAAACACUCCUGGCAGUGCCUGAGCUGUAUAAGAAUGGCCAGAACUCUGAGUGUUACAACCUGUCAACUUUCUGGAUUUCCAUGGCAGAUGCGUUGUACCAGAGCCUCGUCUGUUUCUUUAUCCCUUACCUGACCUACAAAGGCUCUGAUAUCGAGGUCUUCACAUUUGGAACUCCAAUCAACACCAUCUCCCUCACCACAAUCCUCUUGCACCAGGCAAUGGAAAUGAAGACAUGGACAUUUAUCCAUGGGUUUGUCCUCCUCGGCAGCUUCCUGAUGUAUUUUGUGGUGUCCCUAGUGUACAGUGCCAUCUGUGUCACCUGCAACAGUCCCACCAACCCCUACUGGGUGAUGCAAAACCAGCUCUCGGACCCCACCUUCUACUUCAUCUGCGUCCUCACACCAGUUGCAGCUCUUCUCCCAAGGUACUUUUUCCUGUCUGUACAAGGGACUUAUGGGAAGUCUCUGAUCUCAAAAGUUGCGAAAAUUGACAAACUGCCCAUGGAUAAAAGAACCCAGGAAAUCCAGAGUUGGAGGAGCAAGCAGAGGACAGCCCCUGUAGCUGAGGCAGCUCAGCCUGCCCACUGCCCAGCACCGCCUGUCCCACAGCAGGACUUCAGAACCAGCACCCCAAAGAGCUCCAGUGCCCUCAAGCAGAAACACAUGGAAGACUGGAGGCUCCACAGACAGAGAGGCAACAGAGAGUGCAAGGGAGAGGACCCAUGCUUGGGGGGCCCUUCAGCUAAACUCUCAUCUGGGCAGCACCUCCUGGAGCCUAACAGGACACUGGCUCCUGAAGCCUACUCAAGGGGUCAGAUUGAUGCACCCCGGCACUUGAACAGAGGCAGCCAUCGCCGGUCCGAGAGCUCACUGACCAUAUGAGGGGCUGCAGCAAUCUGGACAAACUCAGAAAAGGCCACUCAAUCACUGACCCAGAUCACCCAAGGCCCUCCCUCUCCAUAGAGGAAAGAAUUUCCCAGUCGUAUUCUUUUCUAUCAGACUUGAUUUCCUAAGAGGAAGUCUUGGGUCCAACCAAGGAGUUUGACCAAAAAAAAAAAAAAAAAAAACUGAAAAACCAGUUGACCUCCAGCUUUUCUUUUGCUGCCAAGCAGCACACCUUGCAAACAAAAGUUUUUAUAAGGAGACUGUUUCUGUUGCAUUGAAUUUUUAAAUUUUUUAGCCCAAACACAGUCUCAUGGCUUUCUAGAUAAUGAAAGCCUGCAACACAAUGAAACUGGCCAUGAGAUUCCAGGAAGUAUAUCAACCCAGGCAAUAUCUCAGGAAGUUAUUGGGCUUGUCAAACCAUCACUUCACCCCUCAGUGCCAGGAGCUCAAGUUUCAGAAGGCUCUGCACACGAGGGCUUUGUCUCAAGGAUACUGCAACGAUGGCUGAGUCAGGCUCAACAGCCCCCCCAUGACAGAGAGCUGGGUCUGCUUUUUGUCUCUAAGCCAAAGAAAAACCACAUAUACAUAUGAAAACUAGAUUUGAAUUCAGUGCCACAGAUACUCUUGAGGGUCGUAGGGUCAUACCUGCCUAGAGGCAGGAAGAAUACACAUGCUGAAGGGAUGAGAUCCCUGUCAUACCUAAGGGACCCUAGGUCUCACCAUACAAGGAAUCAUCCAAGAGUUUAUAAGCACUCUUUCCUUAGAUUUCUUUAUUUUAAAAUAAAAUUACUCAUCCUCAUUCAGCCCCGGAACAAGAAAAACUCAAAGUUCUGGAGAUAUUAGCACAUACACAGGCAGAAUAGAUCCAUAUGAUAGAACUCAGCCCAAACAAUGACAUCUUAAGGGGUAGGGCUACUGUUACACCUCACACUCAUUUAGCUCAUUCAGAAAUACAGUAUCGCCACCUGGAUGAUACUGGCCAUGCUUCAGUUACAUUAAGAAGACUCUAAUGGGGUGUCAAAAGAAAGUAGGUUUAUGGUGGGCAGCAGUAACCCAUUCCUAAUCUUUUUAAGUCAGAGAGUUACUGACUUCUCCCCUCCUUACAUUAGUGCCUAUAAAUUGAGCAGAAAGUGUGACAAAUAUUUGCGCCUAUGAGUAAUAGCCACCAGCCAUGAGUUGCCUAUCAUUUGAGUAAAGAUACUUCAGCAAAGAUGCCCAAACUGACCUCAACAGUCAAGGUGGUCAGAGGCAGGCUGAGCUGGCCAUCUGACCACUUCCUGGAAAAUCCAGACUUAGCCAUUUGAACAUCAUGCUAAAGCCCAUACACUGCGUCUGCCUCACUGCCUCUGCCAUAUAAUGGUGCCAGCACCAACCAGAAGUGGUACUCUGUGCAUCCUCCAUGAAGACAGAUACGAGGGGAAUAGAAACAUACUAGGAAAAGCAGUAAUCACCUUAAUUGUUCCAAGUGAGAAAAUUAGUCAAAACUUGGCCCUCAUGGUCUUCCUUUCCCCAUAUAAUUCCUGCCUACUGCUAAUAGAGAGCCAGGUGGGAAGUGCUAAAGAACAGAACAGUGACCUCAGGAGAUAUGAAUUUGAGUCUUUGCUCUAGCCCUGUAUUCUUUGGGAUCCAGGAGCCUUGAAGGAGGAUGCCACACAUGAAAAUUAGGUUAGAAUUGUCCUACCUCCCAAGUUUGGCAUACACAUCAAGUCUGAAUUACAUGAAAUCCACCGGUGAGACUCUGAAUGCAAUAACACUCUGUAAUAACACAAGGUAUUUCUGCUUCAGAAAUAAGGGGGAAAAGAUGAUGGGGAAGUUUAAAAAUGGAUGUGGCCUCUGCCUAAAUGCCAGACUGUACCCAGUGUUCUGACGCUGCUCAUUUUCUCACAUGGCCAGCCAUCCCAGUUUGCCUAGGACCUUUCCAUUUUUACAAAGUUAUAUCCUGGGAAAUUGGGCCAACCGGUCACCUACUCUUGCACUCUUUGUAAACCAAACCAACUGUGACCAUCCACUCUGCUAUCUUACUCAGAAGGAAAAGUUGUAACAACUAUUCCUCUAUAACACAAUGCCAAUGAUUAUACUUAGUACAUUUUUAUACAUGCAUGAUCUUUUACUGACUGGAUAUUUUGUAGAAGAAAAAAAUAAACAUGGUUUCCAUAGUUUCCUGUCAA